AUGCCUUACCGACAAAUCCUAAGCAAAGAUCCGGUUGGCCAAAACACUGGCCGGCAUUGCUACAAGUGUGGCAAAACCAACCUACCAUACGGCUGUUUAGUACAUACCGAAUGUCUCAAUACCACGGAGCCACUGGAAUAUGGACACUGCUACUGUUGCGGUGACAAAACGAAUUCCAGAUACAAUAUUUUCUGUCCGAAACAUUCACCCCCUAAGCACCUGAACCCGGUGCCGAAUGAUGAGCUAAAACUUUUAGUCUAUGUGGCCGUUUGUUGCAGGUGUGAAGCGAGGGUGACCUCGGGUGUCGACAGGGAUGACACAGGUACCGAGUGGUGCGAAGAAUACUGGCUAUGGUUUGGAUGCUCAGUUGUGAGCAUUGUCUUGAACUCCGUCGACAAACCAGACUUGAUACAUAUACUCAAGCUGAUCAAACGGGCAAGUGCAUUAAAUGGGCAGGGAUGCAACCCAUACAAGGACAAGGGUAAUUCGCUUAGACGCUAG